ACAGUUAUAUUGUGUUAAACUUUGAUUUGGAUUAUGAUCACAAGACUGUGCAUUGUGUGAGAGCUUAUAUAUAUAUAUCAAUGCCUUUUAUAAAUACCCACCAUCUCUAGCUUGUGCCCCAUGCUCGCAUGCCACAAAGCCUGACAUGAUCCUCCUCCUCCAUAAAUGGCAUAUUUCCUCUUUGCUUCCUCGUGAAAAAGCUUCUCUUUUCUUGGCUUUUCACAAGAAGCAUGUAGUUUCUUUCAUUAAUUAGAAUAUUGUCGCACGAACCAGCUAAUUCUUCACGUGAACUUCAAGCAAGCUUUUUGUACAAUUUAUUCUCUUUGCUCCUCAGCAUACCCUAUGGCAAAACCUGGUUGUGGUUGGAAGAGCCUUUAUGCCACUGUCCUCCAAAUCUCAAGCUAGUUGAUCCACCCUAGAAAAAUGCUUGUUGAGUGUUGAAGACUCCACAACAAUAUAUAGCUUCUUGGAUUCUGCCAAGCUUAAUUUUGAUUUUCCCUAGAAAAUUUUGACCUUAAGCUUGUCAUUUCACGCUGGUGAACUUGUCCCAGAUUUGGGUAUUAGUUUAAAUAAGACUCAUUCAGCUUGUGGGUGAGAUAACGAAGAAGCUGGGUGACAUGGGAAAGCUUCGUCUUGGGAAGGUGCUGGAUUGCCUGUGUAUUUCUUCUGGUUCAAGCUCUUGUUUCUGCAUCAAUUCUUUAGAAAACCCAGAUGAGUUUGAGAGACAGCCACUGGUUCCAAGUGAAGUGAAGAGAUUGAAGGAUGCUCUUGCAGCUCCCCAGACCCUGGCUUUCCAAUUGAAGCCUAAGAUGGUGGUGCUAAAGGUUUCCAUGCACUGCCACGGCUGUGCAAGAAAGGUUGAGAAACAUAUCUCAAAGAUGGAAGGAGUGAGCUCCUACCAAGUGGACUUGGAAACCAAGAUGGUGGUGGUGACUGGAGAUAUCAUUCCUCUUGAAGUGUUGGAGAGUGUCUCAAAGAUCAAGAAUGCACAGCUUUGGGCAGCUCCUCCUACACCUUGCUAGCUUCAUGAUCAUGCCACACAAUAUAUCUCAUUGAUACAUUCCUCCCCCCAUAUACACACAUACACACUCUUUUACAAUCUCACUAUUUCUUCUUCACCAUCACUGUGAAAUUAGUGCUAUACACGUACAUGGCAAAUUUCCCAAUCUGUUUUCCCUUUCUUCUCAUUUUUUAUGAAGAAGAUGAAUUCCCAGACGGUAUUGGAUUUCAA